AUGGCGAAACAGCUGCUCCGCUUUGCCCUCUCUCGCCUGGACAUUCUGGACGAACAGACCCUCGAUUUGGAGAACUUGGACUUUGCCCUGGGUCGGAAUACGGUGCUGGAAUUUCGAGAUGUUGGGAUCGUGCUUCAGGUGAGGAUUAUGCAGCCUCCCGAACUCCAUGCUCCUGCCUCGCAGAAGUAUUGCAGGAAUGUGCACAGGCUGAUGAGGAAGGCCAGAGUCCUCGUCCUACGAGUCACAGUUCCCAUGGACUUCUACACCAGUCCGAUCACGGCCGAAGUGGAUGGCGUUGACAUCCGCCUGAAAGUGGAAUCCAAGCAAGAGAAGGACCAAAAGGACGCCAGGAAGCGUGGGAAGAAGCCGGCUGUCGGCGAUGUCGUGCCCACAGCCGCGGAUCUCGCCCAGUCCUUUUUGGAGACGCAGCCGGUGGCAGAGAAGAGGGAACUUGAACAGGCUCUCGCCGCUGAGACCCAGGAUCUCGGUGCCUCCAUGGCUGUUUCCGAGUCUGAGAGCGACGACGAUUCGACAGUUGGCACCGGCCAGGGCCUGUCCUUACCCGUCUUUUUGACCGAUUUCCUGCAGGGCGUCGUGGAUAGGAUCCAGAUUCGUGUGCGAGGCGUCGCGUUUCAGGUCGACGUCGAGGUACCGGUAGACCAUGGCUCUCCAACUCUGGAGCUGGUCACGUUCCAGCUCUCGCUGGACAACAUCAACGUAGAAGGCGUGACCUCUGCUGGGAUAUCACCAGGUGAAACUCCUGUCAUCAUACCCAAGGACGGCAAACGUCAUAUCUUGUUGGAAAAUAUCCGGGCCUCCUUGAUUUCCGAAGCCAAUGUUUUCUCCUCGCUAGUCCCGUCCCCCUCGAUGCCCUCGUCUGUAGCAUCACGUUCACCCGUGGUGACAGAGACACCCACCUUUGCUCCGCUUGGGCUGGCUCGGAGUAUGAGCUCGGAGGUGAUGGCCCAGUCGGACGACCUUUCACAGAGCCGUUACCUGCUGCAGGAUAGCGAGGCUGCUCUCAACAUUCCGUACGAUUUUGGAGAGAGCAACGACGCCAGCGAUGCCGCGCUCAACAUUCCCUACCAGUUUGGCGAAAGCAGGGAGGCAGACUUGGCUGGGGACCCAAACUCCCCCUUAUCCACUCCGCGAGCAUCCAUCUGCCGAGACUCACCUCCACCGGCCAUCUUCGAUCAUGCACAUUCGACGGUCGUGGAGCCAUCACCCCAAGCUUGGUUAGGGGUUGAGCGAGAGGCGCAGUCAGAGCCGUCCAUCCGUCCGCCUGAGGGAUUCUCUUCGUCCAGUGGACUUUCUCCCGCAGUAUCCAUUCACUCCGAGUCUACACACAGCAGCUCGGGCGGUUCAGGGCCGGAGGAUCUGGCUCAGUCACAUAUCUACAGCCGUGAGGAAGCCGAAAGCAUGUACAUGAGCGCCUUCUCGCAAGCUGAGUCUCAACGGCUGCGCUCUGGCAUGCCAGGAUCGUGGGAUGAAAAUGAAGACACUGACAAGCAUCGAGUCGUGGGAGCGCCGCCCAUAACACCUGGAGCAGGUCCAGACAAAAAGGAACGGACAGCAAAUGAUUUCUCUAAAAGCCCUCUUCAGCAACACGAAGCGGACGAACCUACGACAGCGGAUGCACCUAUCGCUCUGGAUACUCGGACGGACGCCGCCGCUACGCAUGAACAGGAACCUGACGUCCAGGAGACCGAAAUUCACCAGGACGAUGCUCCAACACCUCGCGGGCCCACUCGCUUGGUGAAGGAGAUCCUAUCACUGAGCUCGAUUUCCGUAUACCUCCCGUCAAACCACAAACAUAUCCAGGUUACUACUGUCCCAGACCUCAGCACAUCAAUGUCCCCAAAUAUUCCAGGCGCAUUCUCGGUUCAUUCCUCAGCGGGUGCAAGCCCCAAGCUGGAGCCUGUCACUGAACCAGCGACUGACAAGGCGCCUAUCGACCAAUCCAUUGAGAUUAUCCUGAAGCCCUUGGAUAUUCGGUUUGACGCUUCGGUUGGGUUUCUUCUCACAUUGGUUGUCUCGCGGCUUCUUGAGGCAGCUCAAGGUACCCCGAGCGAACCUGUUGGACCAACAACGUCAAAGCCAGCCUCCAAGACCCCAGACGUCCAGGUUACGCUCGAACAGCUCUCAGUACUUUUCCUGGAGAAGCUUGCGGGCAUUGCCGACGUCCCUCAGAGGAUAUUCGAGAGACAGACAACGGACUUCAGCUCUGACGUCCUGCUCCAAGCGCAGCUCGUGGACCUCAGGGGCUCAUUGUCCACAGAGGGCUCGCAAAAAGAGGCGAACUUCAGCGUUGAGAAACUAAGAUUUGGAUACGCAAACGACGAGAUUCUCUCGUUUGAUCGCUCAAUCCUGAUGUUCGAGUCGGUGGCAAACACAUUCCCUUCCGCCGGGCACGAUAUCUCGGUGAAGGCAACCAUGGGCCCUGAAGCCUCGCGGAUAGAGAUCAACACGCUACCUCUCUAUGUAAAGUUUGAUCUUCAAAGGCUUGACGAAACGUUCAGCUGGUUUGGUGGGCUUAGCAGCUUUCUCAACAUGGGGGCUUCUAUCGCGUCAAACCCGUCAAGAGCCGGCAAACACCCGGCCAAGCCGGUUCAGCAACCCAGGAGUGUCCGAUUCAAUGAACCCAUCCAUCCUGAUGACCAGACCGCUGCCAAGGAGAACAAAACCGAUCUGCGUAUUAAUGGCCUUCGCGUGGAUGUCAUCGGAAGGGACUGCAGCGUGAUGCUGAAUACCAGCGCCCUCAAGCUUGUCAGCAGAGAUGAAGGCAUUGGCAUGCAUCUUAGCAGGAUACGACUGUCAGGGCCGCACGUCAGGAAUGCUAGAGCUGAAGCGCCGGUUGUGGGCGAGGUCUUGGAUAGCAGAAUCGAGUACCUCGCAUUGCCACGUACAAAGGACCUGGAGAGGCUGCUUGAGCUCAUCACCCCGUCCAAAAUCAAGUUUGACGAGGAUGAGGAUGAGAUAAUGGUGGACACGCUCCUCCGCCAACGAAGGAAGGGACCGGUACUUUCCCUGACCGUCGGCAAGGUCAGAGUUGAAGCAGGCAGACUGCAGCAGCUCAGCUGCCUCCCGGGGCUCGUCGAUGACCUCGCUAAGCUCGGGACCGUCGCGAAAUAUCUCCCUGAAGACGACCGGCCGGGUCUCCUCACGUUGUGUCAUGUCAAGGAUCUCGAGGGCCGUGUCGAUAUCGGCGGUCGGUUUGGCGCCGUUCAAGCGUCUCUCAAGGACUUGGAGGUCGCCCAUAUAACGUUGCCGCAGUUGACUGCCGUCGCGCUCGGCGAAGUUUCCGUCACUCGAAACAAGAUUGAGGAGUUCGUGGCGACUUCGCCCGCACCGACAACCGGCACUUCACAGAAGCCACCGGUCAUCAUGAUGAGGCUGGUCGACGAUAUCGAGCCGGUCCUCAAAAUCAAGCUGAUGGGCCUGAGCUUAGAGUACCGGGUGCCCACGAUUAUGGACAUUUUGGACCUUGCCGAGGAUGCCACGCCAGAGGAUUUUGAGGUCGGGCUGGCUGCGUCCGUUGCGAAUCUUGGGGAUCAAGCCCACCAUGCCAUCAAGAGGGCACCUUCGGGAUCACUCGCGUCCACGGAUCAAGCCAAAGCAUCGAAGCCGGUCAAAGUGGAUGUUGCUUUUCGUGACUGUCUCGUCGGUUUGAACCCGCUUGGGUUGGCCUCCAAGCUGACACUGGUCCUCACCGAUGCUCACCUCGAGAUGGCGCCCGGGACUAGUGAGACGCUGACCGCCGCAACGAGUCUGAAGCGGGCUGCUGUUUUGUUGAUUGACGAUGUCUCCGUCAUCGAGUCUGCUGGGCCUCCCUUUACCUCGACACGACGUCCUCAGGCGGCUCCCUCCCCCCAAGUCAGUGAGCUGUGUGCAAGGGGAUACGUCAAUAUCUGCCAAAUUUCCUCGGCCAAAGCAACGGUGAAGGUAUCGAAGGAUUUGGAGGGCGAGACGCAGCUGGAGGUAGAGAUUCGCGAUGAUCUCUUGAUUAUCGAGACUUGCGCGGACUCGACGCAGACUCUUAUCGCGUUGGCUAAUGCAUUGACACCUCCAACGCCGCCAAGCAAGGAGAUCAAGUAUCGAACAUCGAUCGUUCCUGUUGAAGACUUGCUAGCCUCUAUCAGAGCUGAGGCUUUUGGACAGGCAGAAGGCGAGUACGACUUUGACAAUGACUUUGCGGUUGCCCAGGAGCUCGGGGGCGACGCUGGCAGCGAGGUUGACUUUGACGCCGGACCGACUGACAGCCCUCUUAACCUUGACUCGCAAUACUAUGAGGACCCGGCCGUUCAAGAAGCGCUGUUCGAUGCUACAUCUCAUUCCAUGCUUGCCGGCGGUACAAAGGUCGAGGAUACCAGCGAUGGCGUCCUCCUAAGCACCACUAGCCUUGGAGCGGAAAGCGAUGGAGCUGGAAGCAUCAGCGAUGACCUCUCCAUCCAAGACGAUUACUUUGCACGGGGCAAGGUUGCGCACGACAUCGGUCACCGCUGGAACUCGAAGGCGAACAAAUACGACCAGCAGGCCGAUUCCAGGACUCAACGUAGUCCGUUAAGGGUCUGCAUUCGCGACGUGCACGUCAUCUGGCACUUGUUUGAUGGUUACGACUGGGCGCGCACUCGGGAGGUUAUUGCCAGGGCGGUUCAGGAGGUUGAAGCUAAGGCGUAUGAACGCCGAGCUCGGGCGGACCGCAGAGGCUACGACCAGGAGUUUGAAGAGGACGAAACCGUCAUUGGCGAUUGCCUGUUCAACUCCAUCUAUAUCGGCAUCCCAGCCAACCGUGACCCGAAAGAGCUGACGCAGGCCAUCAACCAUGGCCUGCAGGAUUUCGGGGACACUGAGUCGGUCGCCACAUCGGCUGUUACGACCACAACACUACGUGCAGCUGGGCAGCACCGCCGGUCCAAGAGUCUGAAGCUGAACCGGAGCAAGCGCCACAAGAUUACGUUUGAGCUCAAAGGCGUGAACGCAGACCUGGUCAUGUUUCCGCCAGGUGCUGGGGAGACCAUCAGCUCGCUUGACGUCCGAGUGCGCGAUCUCGUCAUCUUCGAUCAUGUUCCGGAAUCGACAUGGAAGAAGUUCGCCAUGUACGACAUCGAUGCCGGCGAGCGAGAAAUGGGCGCGAGCAUGGUGCACCUCGAGCUUAUCACCACGAGACCGGUGGACACGCCGGCGACUGAGCUGGUCAUUGGCGCCACUGUCUUGCCCCUUCGGCUGCAUGUCGACCAAGACGCCCUCGACUUCAUCACCAGGUUCUUCACGUUCAAGGACGACUCAGCGCCCGUGCACGCGUCUCCGAGCGACGUCCCGUUCAUCCAGCGCAUCUCGGUCAACAGCAUCCCUGUCAGGCUCGACUUCAAGCCGAAGAGGGUCGACUACACCGGGCUUCGUUCGGGCAAAACGACAGAGUUCAUGAACUUCAUGAUCCUCGAGGACGCUCGCAUGGUUCUCCGUCGGGUCAUCCUGUACGGAGUAUCCGGCUUUGACCGGCUCGGCGAGCAACUUAACGACAUCUGGACGGCGGACGUCAAGCGGAACCAGCUACCCGGUGUACUCGCCGGCUUGGCACCCGUACGGUCGCUUGUCAACGCCGGCAGCGGGUUUCGAGACCUGAUCGAGAUCCCAAUCAGGGAAUACCGCAAGGACGGCCGGAUCGUGCGAAGCCUCAAAAAGGGCGCCACAGCGUUCGCCAAGACGACGGGCACCGAGGUCGUCAAACUCGGCGCCAAGCUCGCCAUCGGCACGCAGUCGGCUCUGCAAGGGGCGGAGGGCCUGCUCACCCCUAGCAGCCAGGCGGGCGAAGGCGGCAGCAGCGGCUCGCCGGCUGCGCUGGCGGCCGUCCUCGGCGACGACUGGGACGAGGCCGAGUACGAGGAGGAGAUUUCGCGGAAGAUCUCGCUGUAUGCCGACCAGCCGCUGGGCAUUGUCCAGGGCGUGCGUGGGGCGUAUGCGAGUCUGGCGCGGGACCUGUCGGUCGCUAGGGACGCCAUCAUUGCCGUGCCGGCCGAGGUCAUGGAGAGCCAGAGCGCGCAGGGGGCGGCGAAGGCGGUGCUGAGGAAGGCGCCGACGAUUAUUCUCAGGCCAGCGAUCGGCGCCACAAAGGCUAUUGGGCAAACGCUGUUGGGGGCGACGAAUUCGCUGGAUCCGAUGCAUCGGCGGAGGGUGGAGGCGAAAUACAAGCGGCAUUAG